AUGGGGAGAGAAUGGAUGCUGGGAGAGUACCCGCAGGGUGAGGCAGAGGCGGAGACGGUGGGAGGCAGGCAUGGUGGCCAGCAGGUGGCUCUGUGGAAGGAGGCCAUGGCAGCCCGCCCCACGCUUCCCCAGGCCUUGCUCCUAGUCUCCAGACCAAGGCCUCCACGCACCCCGGCAGCCGUCCUGCUGGGUAGCCGUCCUGCUGGGUGGCCGGGGCCUCGGCAGCCCGAUGCCUUCUCCCAAGCCAGCAGCUGGGGCUGCUUCAUAGACCUUCCCAGGGUGCCCUGUAGGAGACACACCGCCGGGCCGGGGUCGGCGGGAGAGGUGCCAGCCCGCCCUGCCGCCCGCAGGCACCACGUCCACUACGUGAUCCCGUACGACGGGGACCAGUCGGUGGUGGGCGCUUCGGAGAACUACUUUGUGACGGGCAAUGUGACCAAGCAGGAGAUGGACCUCAUGCUGGGGUUGCUGCUAGGCUUCCUCAUCAGCUGGCUCCUGGUGUGGACGGACGGCGUGCUGCACCGCGCCGCGCGCGCCUGGAGGGCCGGCCGGCACCACGAUGGCUCGUGGGCCUGGCUGCCACGGCUGUGCAGUCUGCGGGAGCUGGGCCGGAGGCCACACAGGCCCUUCGAGGAGCCGGCCGGGAACAUGGUGCACGUGAAGCAGAAGCUCUACCACAACGGCCACCCCAGCCCGCGGCACCUGUGAGCCGCGCACGGGACUCUCGGGGCCACUGUGCAGAUGCAAAAGGGCCCUUGUGGACGCCCACCCAGCUGGAUGGGACUGCGGCCUCGAGCCCAGUGCGUCCUGGGCUGUGGCCAGCUGGGUUACGGCCAGUGGGCGUG